CUCGAUUCAAUUGCUCUCCAGAUGUCAACCCUGCCAUCCACGGACCCUCCUCCGCUCCCCGCCUCCACAUCCUCACAGCAACCAGCCGUCCAUAUCCCGCCGCCCUCCUACCUUGAUCCCACCACCUACCCACAGACCCUCUACCUCGACCCCGAGAGAAUCUUCAUCGAACUCACCUACCACCCCCUCUCCCCAUCCACCUACCUCGCCCACACCCGCUCCCCUGCCGCCGGUGCAAACGUCCUCUUUCUCGGCACCACCCGCGACACCUUUGAAGACAAACCCGUCGCCCGACUCGCUUACACCAGCUACGCCCCACUGGCGCUGCGCACACUAUCUUCCAUCGCACGCGAUGCCGUGGCCAAGCAUGGCCUUUGCGGCGUGAGUAUCGCCCACCGCCUAGGAGACGUGGCUGUUGGCGAGGAAUCAAUCGCGAUCGCAAUUAGCGCUCCGCAUAGGGGUGCUGCGUGGAGAGCCGGAGAGGAGGUCCUGGAAGAGUGUAAGCGGAGAGUGGAGAUCUGGAAGCGGGAGGAGUUUGUCGGGGAGCCGCCGGGACAGGGCGAGUGGAGGGCAAAUAGGGACACGGAUCCGGAGGGGAAAUCGACAUCAUGACCAUGUUCCUCGAUGCUAUCAGCAGAGGAUGAUCUUUUGACAAACCCUUUCUUUGGGUAUAUGGCCGCGCAAUCUACAAAAGAAGAAAAGCAAUAAUCCAAAUGAAGAAUCGAGAUGAGCUUCAUUCGCGCAAUAACGUACACGUCUACUGUACAUACAUAACCUAUAUAUCAACCUCAAGUAACACGCGCAAAAUCCCCAAACGCCGUUCUAUGUACAGUCAUGCAUUAUAAGUUGGGUUAUCUAGAGAGGAGAAUCGAUUGAAACGAGAAACAA